AUGCAAGAUGAUUCCUCGUGUUCAGAAAACUGCAGUCCAUCGAGCCUAUGUGCUUGGUUCUAUGAUAUAGCAAAGAAAAGUUUUGGUUGUACGUCUCCUGCCACUGCUUCAACACCUAUGGAUCUAGAUGAACCAACGCCUACACGAGCAGCUGCUAGUGCAGCUUUAUCUAAUAUUUCAACAUUAUCAAGUUAUAUAAUGUCACUUUCUGAUUCUGAAGAUGCGUCGUCAGACAUUUCAGAAGAAGAAAUCAUGGAUUUGAAUUCUCAAUUAAAUCGAAAAAAAUCUGUUGAACUUUUAAAUAAUGUUUUUUCACUUGUAGGUCUAUCGCCCAUAAAAGAUAUUAGAAACAGAAAUUUUAUUCGUGAACAAGUUAAUGUUGCAUUGAGCUUUAUUCGUCAAACAGCUGAACAAAUAUAUAAAGGUGAAGAGAAAGAAGAAAAGUAUCUGAUUGACGAUCAAUCAAUUAUAACAAUGAAUGAAGCUAUGGAACUCGUUAACAACUUUAAAUCACUUGUUGAUAGUAGUGACCAUUCAGAAAAAAUUAAACUACUUACAUUAGCUCCAGUGAAUUGGGGCAGAAUUAAAAUAACAAAUUUUUUUUCAUGUUCAGAGCAUCAAGCUCGAUAUAGCAUUUAUUUACGUGAUGCAGGUCAAAUCUUAUCAUUACCAAUAGAUUUACGAGGAAAUAUUUCAUUUGAUCCUGUUAUUGAAAAAGAAAUUUUCAAUUUUUUUCAUAGUGACGAAAUCAGUAGGGUAUGCCAUCUUACAGAGCUUGAUUGA